AUGAACGAGGAAGAGCGUGAAUUUUUUGAAAAAAUGGGAAUUGAAUUUACAAGAGUUAUUGCAGAAGGUGGAUUUGGAGUUAUUUACCUUGUUUUCCACACGAAGUAUCAGCAGCAUUUUGCCCUGAAAAAGAUUCCAGAAGACCGAUUCAAAGAAGAAGAGAUCGAAUGCCUCAAAACGCUAGAUAAUCCUAAUAUUAUCAACUUGUACAAUUAUUACAGAUUUCAAGGAUACGUUUAUCUUUUAAUGGAAUAUUGCCCGUUUGAUCUUUAUCAUUUCUUGAAAAAGAAUCCAGAAAUUUCAAUUGAACAACUUAGAAAGUACUGCUAUGAUAUCCUUCUUUCCAUUAAAGCUUGCCAUGAUCAUAAUAUUGCUCACAACGAUAUUAAGCCAUCCAACUUCUUGCUUGACAAAUAUGGCCGUAUAAAAGUAUGCGAUUUCAGUUUAUCGUCCGUUUAUGAAGAUUCCAAGUGCAAAUCCACUUACAAAGGAACAAUGCUCUUUAUGGCACCAGAACUAUUCCAUCACAAGGACUAUAAUCCAUUAAAAGCCGAUAUCUGGGCUCUUGGAGUUACUUUCUUCUACAUGGCAACACAGCAGUACCCAUUUUAUGCAACUGAUCGAAAUGUUUUGAAAAAGAUUGUUGAAACUGGUGUUUAUUCCUAUUUCAACAUAGAAAAUCAAGAUCUAUGCCAUAUUAUCGGUCGUUGCUUGUGUGUUGACCCAGAAAACAGAGCAAGCGUUGAUGAAUUACUUUCAUUGCCAUUUUUCGAUCCUUUGGUCUCACGCCGUAUGCAUAAGAAAGCUGCUGGAAUCAAAGUUACUCAGUCCCAAAAUUCAAUCAUUGUUAAGCCAAUUACAAGCUUAAGAGGCAAAAUCCACGACCGCUCCUCAUUAAUUCCAUUCAAGAUGAGGACAGUUAAAGGAUUUUUCAUGGAUAACAGAAAAUAA